GGCUAUGAUGAUGAAUCUCCAGAAGAUAAAGAGCGGUGAAGGUUCUGCGGUUUUAAGAUUCAGAGAAUGGUGAUGAAGAUCUUGCAGAGAAUAAGGAGAGUUUUCUCGUUAUAUGUUCUGUUAAUCUCUUGUUGGCAUUAGAUGUAGGGUGAGAUUGUUGGAAACCGAUAUAGCAGCAGGACGGGGAGUCAUAGAUAAGUCCAUGUUAACUUGAUUGUUAUGUUUUUAUGCUACUUUGAUUUUGAUUUUGAUAUUUGUUGAUCAGUAGCUAUGCUCAGACGUAUGCUUCCAAAGGCUAUGCUCAGAUGUAUGAUGUUGACCACUUUUAAACUUUCUGUCCGAUAUAGCUAAGUAUGCUUCUAUCUGUUUGUUGUGGCUUUUCAAUUUUCAGAUUGAAGCAAAGAUGGAUAGAAGUGAGCAUUGAUACACAGGUGAAAGAACUCAUAAAGGCUGUGAAUCGCGGUUUAGAACAUGAAGAUUUUGAUAGUGACGGUGGCAUUCGUAGAACAAUGGUGUUUGCCAACACUGUUGAAGCUGCUGAAAUUGUGGCAAAGAUAUUGAACUUUACUGGGCUUGACUGUUUACGUUAUCAUAAGAAUUGCACAUUGGAAGAGCGAGCACAGACAUUAGUUGAUUUCCAUGAGAAAUGUGAUGUUCUUGUAUGUACUGAUGCAGCUGCUCGUGAUGUGGAUAUUCCAAACGUCUUGCAUGUUAUUCAGUUAGUCGAAGAACAUCACCGAUUCGAAGAACAUCACCGCAGCAACAUCUGUUGUCGGCCACCAAUAAUCCCUCUUCUUUGUUUUGGUGGUGAAUCGGCAGCCGAUAAUUGCCAAAUACUUCAAUCAAGAGUUAAUAGAUUGCAAUUGGAUAAAUAUCAUAUUGAUCCGGAUAAGUGAAAGGCUACUCUUGUGAUAUUAAUUUUACUGCUUGUGAUGAUCAUGAAGAUGUGGAAGAAGGUUGUGCUGAAGAUGUGGAAGAAGGUGGUUGUGCCAAAGAUGUGGAAGAAGAACAAGGAGAAGAUCAAGAAGAAUAGUUGUGUUUUAUAUUAUCUAACUAGCUAGUUCUUAGAACUUUUUUUUGUUAUUUUGGGAUGACUCUUUUUUGAGAGAAACUUGUGUUUAAUUUAGCUCUUGUUUUGGAUCCCAUGGUUGUUUUGAAUU